GAACUGAAAUGAGGAAAGCCUGCCUGAAAAUAUAGUAAGGAUUGUGGAAAGGGUGUAAUACCAGGAUUAAGUCUUACAAAGGAAAUGAAGUUUUGGGAAAAGGGAAUGGAGUGAAGGGAUUGUUCCCCUCCCUUUGACACUUGGGGGGCCACAUGUGAGUACUACCCCCAGUUUUGAUCUCCCCAAGUAAUUACCAUAUUUGAGCUAGUUCACAGAGGGAAUUUUGGUUCUGAAACACUUAUUUAAGGAGGCUGAGAGAGCUGGAUUUGUUCAGUCUUAGGAAGAGAAAUUAAAGGGAAGAUCUUCUUGAUAUCUUCCCACUGCCUAACUGGAUUGUGUGGAGAACACAGCCAGGCUCUUCUUGGAAAAAAACAGUGGGAGGAUGAGAGGGAACAGACACAGGCUGCAGCACAGCAAGGGAAAUUCCAACCAGAGAUUCAUAAGAACAGCUUUUCCUCUUGGAGCCAGUCAGGUAUGACUAGAAGUGUCCAGAGAGGCUGUGAAAUCUCUGUCCUUGGAGAUACCUGGAUUAGGCCCUGAGCAACCUGAUCUAAGCCGGCCCUGUUUUCUAUGGGACAUUGCACCAGGCCACCUCUAAAAGUCCCUUCCUACCUAAAAUGCUCUGGGAUGUAAAGAAACUGUGGUUUGGGUGAAGUUUGUCAUGCAGGAAUACCACAUAUAGAAAGUAAAUAACAAGUGGGACCAGAGAACAUCUCCCAAAACAUUGUCCUGCCAAAGAUCCAUGAAGAUGGGGGAACGAGACAAAUGAAGACAAAUUCCUCCAGUGGUAAAAAUCCAGAUAAUUAGCAACCAUGGUUAUUAUUUUACUGGAAAGACUUUUUUUCCCCGUCUCUUUACUGACAGAAGUCAGUUCUUUAGAUCUGCUGGCAGUCAAAUCCUUCUGUGAGAGCAGCUUAGUGCAGAACCACUGCUGUAGCUACCCACGGCGCAGACUCUUUGCUGCACUGCUGAUGUUACUGGGACAGCACAUAGAAUAGCAUGGAUAUGUGGGGUAAGUUUGGCACAGAUGUCACUGGAGCUGGAGAAUACAGGAAUUUCAGCUUGCAAGGAUAUGCAGCCUGCAGAUCAUGAUUCACUUGUAGUCCAUGGCCCAGUGCUUUGAGCAUUUUUGAGUCUCUGUGUAUUGCACUGACAUUAACUAAUAUUGGGAUGAGCUUCCCUGUUAUUUGAACAUGGUUUAGAACACAUCAGACUGUAUCGAUUGCAAGGACCAUUCAAAGCAGCUUUUCUUGACAAACACUGGGAAUCUGUGAUAAUUCCAGAUAAUUCCAGAUGCAAAACCAGUACUACACAGAGCUGGAGAAACAGUAGGCUUCUAUGGCAAAAAAUUAUUUCUUUAUUUAGAAGUGGAGAGAAGGUUACAAUGCACUGCAUACAACACCUUUUGAUCCAUGCAAAAUCAUUUGUCUUGCAAAAAGAACUUUUCAAAGGGAAAAGGGGUUAGGAAAAAAGGAAUUUCUUACCUGUAUCAGUGUAGAGCAGCCUUCACUGGAGUUCUCUUUUGCCGUUCCUCCUGAGCUGUACGUAUAAGUAAGACUGGACUUUGAUUGGGUAAAGGUUGAUUUAAAAGAUGAUUUAUUUAACUAAGUUUCACUGAAUGUGUGAUACCUUGAUAGGCUAUCUUGUCCUUGGGGGCAGAAGUGCUAAUCACAUGCAUUUCUCAUUAGCUUUGCAUUUUGUCCUACUGAUAUUAUACUCAAAAACUCACUCAAGGGGGUCAUCUGAGGCAAGCCUGACCUUUGUCUGGGCUAGAGUCUUCUCCUGCUCUGAGAAAUGUCUUAAAGUGAGCAGGUUUAGGUGGUGCUGGAUUGACCUGGGCCAGCAGCAUUUGCUUGCAGGUUAGGAAGUUACUGGUUAAAAUCUGUAUGCCCAUUGUUGGAUGGAAAAAUAAAAGGCUGUGUCAGGUUAACCUUGACCAGCAGCCAGAUGCCCACUGAGCCACUUUCCUCUACAUGGGGGCAUGGGGAGAAAACAGGAUGGAAAAACUUGAAGAAUUCAAGACAGGGACCAUGCCUGGGAGAGAUGCAUUGAAAAAAAUGGGUUUGUGAUUGAGGGGUGGGCCCUGACUGUUGAGGCCUUAACACAUGUGAAACAUGCACUGCAAUCAAGUGACCCGUAGGUACAAUCUCCCUGGGGCAGGUGGAGGGAGGUGUCUGUGAUAUCAAUAUAGUGAGGCAUGGCAAACUGGCUACACUCUAGGUGCACUGGGAGAGGCUGUGUGGGUUUCUCUGCCUUGGGAAAAGGCAAGUGCAUUUGUGGGAUUGUCUUUGCUCAGGAACCCAGGUGCACUUGGUGCAGGAGAAAGUGGGAAUCUGCUGUCUACCUCAAGGAGAUUUACCCCUGGCAGAAAAGAAUCCAUUACUUGAGUUGUGUGAUAUAGGAAGGAAUACAGCAGGAAUCAUCUGAACCAACAGAGAAUGAACCUCACCAGGAACCGUGUGAGUGCAGUGCUCACCCACCCCAAGUGGUCUUGUUGCUUAACAAUCCAAUGUGAUGCUGUCCUGAGUGAUCCCCUUGACAGAUAGGGUCAAAGCAAUUGACUGUUCUUAUGGAAAUUUGGGGGAGGGAGGGCGUGGAAUGGGGGAAUAUUAUCUGUAUAUAUGUCAAGGGACAAGGUAUAGUGGUUAUAGAGGAUGUGUAAACCUGGCUGUUGGAUGUAACGAUGGUUUAGGUACGUAGUAUAAGUUGUAAGUGUUGGUGAGAAGCAAUUUCAUGAAGGAUAAAUAGAUGGAAUGAAAAUGUUUGAGUAGGGCAUAGAAAUGAAGCAAUGUAUGUGGCACAGAGGAUACUUUGAUAUCUCAGAUCACACAUGAUAUGAAUGGUGUGGAAUGAGGAGUUGGGACUGUACUGUUCUGGCUGGGGUGGAGUUAACUCUCCCCUGGCAGCCUUCAUGCUGCUGUGCUUUGCAUCUGUGGCUGAGACUGCGUUGAUACCACACCACUUUUUUGGCUGCUCAGGAACACAGUUUUCUUCCUCUCAUGGCUUUUCUUCCCUUCACUCCUCCUGGACUACAGGGAGGGGACACAGUGGUGAUAGCUGACCUGAACUGUCCAAAGGGAUAUUCCAUGUUCCACACCAUUUGAUGUUGUGCUCAGCAUUAAAAGCUUGGUAAAAGGAGGAGGAAGGGCAGCUGUUUGUGGUUUUGGUGGUCUCCCCAAGCAGCUGUUGUGCAUGUUGAGGUGUGGCUUCCCACAAAGGUAGCUAGAGAUCUGCCUGCUGAUGGGAACCAGGGAAUGAAUUCCCAUUUUUCUUUACUUGCAUGUGCAGCUUUCCUUUCAUUUCCCUAUCAAGCUAUCCUUAUCUCAAUGCACAAGUCUAGCCUUUCUUUUAUUUCGUCCCCAUCCAGCAGGAGAGGAGUGAGAGGGAGUCAGGGUGGGUGUUUGGCUGUUGGUUGGGGUCAGCCUGUCAAAGGGCAUAUCUUAUCCAUGAUCCAUGAGCAUGUGCAGGAUAUCCUCACGGACAUGGAUUGACCUGAGCGUUUUUUCUAGUGUUUAGAGGUGGAAGCCUCUAAAUUUGAGAUACCAAGGUAAUUACUAAACUGACCGUGUGAACUUCUUGUUAAAAAAUCUAAUUCAAUUUUAAAAACCUUUAAAUCUACUUAUUUCUUUCAUUGACUUGCUGUGGAAUUGGAUUAUUAGGAGUAAUACCUGUGUUUUCCCCAGCUGUCUGCUCCGACUGUCGAAUUCCAAGGGAAGGUAACAGAAGAGAUCAUAACCCAAAUGUGCUGCAACAUGACAGUCAUUGGUGUUGUAAAAGCCUUACUGUAAUCCACUUACCCUAAGUGGAUUUGCAAGCUCUUGUGGCUUGGAGUUGCUCCUUUUGGUACAACUUCAAACCCAUGAAGUGAAGUAAGUGAGCCCCAGUGUUGUAGGAACCAGACAAGUCAAACCUGCCUGUUCCUCUGCUUGCAACCUUUCACAUGAGUCAUACUGGAUGCUGGAGACAUCAGAGUGCCUCAUCAGCCAAGAUGGGAACUCUACAAGCAUCUCAGGCCAGCACACAAGGAAACAGCACCUGAUCCAAGUUUUAUUUUUUAAUUGUAGUGCCACUGCCAUAGUCAAGUGAGGUAAUUUUGGGUCCCAACAGGAUUUUUUUCCAAGAAAAAGGUGCUACAUGAAUCUAAAAUGUUAGUGAAGCUCAGAAAUUAAAAAAAUUUCCUAUCCUUCCGUCAGUAGACUGAAAAUUAUUUGAGAAUUAAUCAGAGUAAAGCAGCUUGUAAUGUCUCCUUUUCUUCUCAAGCAUAUUCAUACAGCUACAAAAAAGAGGAUCAUAACUAAAUAAAAAAAGAGAGAGAAGAUGUCUUUUUAAUACUGUGAAAAGUGGUAAAAUCUGAAAAAAAACCCUCUUAAUUUACAAUAUUCCUAUAUUGCAGGAUUUGGCAACAGUGACUUAGUGGUGUGGUUCUAUUAGCACAGGGACUAGACUUAGAGCAUCUGCUUUCUCCAAAUUAUGUUUAUUUCCAACUGUAUCCUGGUUGUAGUGAUACACAAACCUUUGUUUCUAGUGUCAUGGUAUUAUCCCGUGGGAUAACAUUUACAAAAUAUUUUCUCUAAUUCUUUUUUGCCAAAGCUUUCCUGAUGUUUAGUUAGAAGAAAUUCUGUGAAACUUGUCUGUAUUAGCAAAAAUGGUCAGAAAUAAGCAUUUUCUAGUAGUUGUAAGUGUUCACAUUGUUUCCUCAGUGUGUUGGGUGAAUGGAGGGAAGCACCUUUGUUCUUAAUUUUGGUACUUGCUGGGAUCUCUGACUUUAGCAAAUUCACAGGUGAAGUAUAUCUUUAAUAUGAGUGUAAAUUUACAAAGUUCAGUUGACUAAAAGGUGCCUUUUGUUAUUAACACAAUAUUACAUGGUGUCUAGCCCUAAAAUUAAAUUAAUAUACUUCAUAUGUUUGGUCCUGAAAAUAAAGUUGUUCACAAAUGCUGUGUAACACUGCCAGUAUUGUUCUGUUGACAAAAGGUUUAUGUGGCUAUUUUGGUGUAAAAAUGUUCCUUCUUUGUUAUGGUGACUCACUUUCUUACCUGGGAGCAUGUACCUCCCUUAAAAAUUGAUAUGAUGAGGGUUUCUAAAUAGUGUUUGUUCACCUAUUGCUUACUCUAGACUUGCUGACCACAGGCUCACUUCUCUCCUUGCAGUGCCCUCCUUCUCUGGGAUUCAUAACAAAGCAGUCAAUGAAAAUUCAUGGUUAAAUAUUUGGAAGCAUACUUUAUUUGUUUCUGUAUUUAAGCCUUUGAAAAUCACUGCAGCCCUUUCCCUUUGCCCCUUCUUUUGCCAAUUAUGUUUUUUCCACUUUUGUUUGGCAAUUGUUUUAUAAAGCACCGUGUGACUUGGUAAUAGAAAUAUUUGGUUCACUGAAGUCCUCUGUAAUCAUGAGGCAAAGUCCAUUUGAGCUACCAAAUGAAUACUCAUGAGUCAUCCUGUAAAAAGACAAGUGUUAAUUAAUUCUCUCUCUUCUGGUGACCACAUUCUUCUGACAUGGUAAAGAUACUCAGAGAAAAAAAAAGGAGGGGAAGCAGAUGUUGCAAUCCUACUGGUUUGCAGGAUUCUAGAGGAAGGGGGGAAUACCCCACCUUUGAGCAUUUUGGGCUUGAUAUCUUCCUAAAAAGUAGGAGAGGGAAAAAAUUAAUUUGCUGUCCCUGUGUUUGCAGCAAAGAGAUUCUCUAUCCCCUGGACCUGUCAGCAAGGAGCUACAGUGGCAGUCCUCUUGCCCCAGGCUUUGGUCUUUUGUGCUUUAAAUAUUGAAUUGUCUUUCCCUAGUGCCCCUUUUACUGGAGAAUAUAAACUCUGAACAAUGCUUUCUUCUCUAGAAUGUUCUGUAUUGAUAAUGAAUUUGGGCUUUUAGGUGCAAAAUUUACUACUGAGUUAACUAUGAGCUCCUCCUUUGCAUAUCAGACUGAAAUCGGUGUUAAAAACCUGGAAAUUUCUGUUGCAGCAAAAAUUCAAAGGUCUUAAAAAGGAGGACUUAUGCAAGCUGAGUGGACUUUUUUGGUGGAUUUGUUGUAGUAAAUGGCAGUACACAGGUGGAUAUAUUCACGUGCAUGCACAGCACUCAGGCGGUGUGCAGCACUGCCUGGGUAACUGGAGCUGAUGUUGGGGUGAUUAAUGCUGCUUGUAUGGAAAUACCUUUGGAAUUCUCCUCUUACCUCCGGCCCUGGUAACUUGAGAAGACUUUUCAUUCCAGCUUAUCCUAUUGGAUAUUUUCUGGAUGUGUAUUUCUUCAGUUUUGCCUUUCAUUUGCUGUAUCGUUUGGUACUCUUCAGACAUGCAUGAUGCUGAGACAUAAAAAAUAAUGUCAUACAUUUACAAGUCUGGCUUUCCAAUCCAGCUCAUGGAUUUUUCUUAUUACUACACUAUGUAUCCUUAUAAAAUGUUUUUUUUUUUUCUUGACAUGUGACUGAGAAGUGUAAGUUAUUUGCCUUUCUGUUGCACGUACAUUUCUUGCCCUUUGGAGAUAGAUUUCUGAAUUUGACAGUAGACUGUGUUCCUUCUCUUUUAAGCUUUUGAAAUGUAUAAAUAAUAAUCACUAUGUCUAAUUUAAUAUUUUCUUCAAGGAGUAUGGCUAAAAGGUGCUUAUACAAUCACCAGAGAGAGCACAUCCUGUUCCUCCAGAAAUACAGCUCAGUGGGACACGAAGCAUCCAGGCCUAAGGCAUCGAUUUCUUCUCCUCUUCCCUUCUUCCAUUCCUCUUCCUGCUCCCUGUGUCCCAUCUCGUCCCACUCCAUCCCCCCAAGUCUGUAAUCCUUCAAGGAAAUGCCCCCAAUUUCUGCAUUAACCUGUCUUUAGUAGUCAGUGUUUAAUUUCACUUUGCUAGUAAAGACUCUAUCCUGAAAUUUCAUUACCCUAAGAUGAGGCUGAACUGAUAUUUGGAGUGCUUGGGUGCUUUAGUCUCAGCUAAUUAGGACCUAACUUCAAAUUUCUCAUUGGGUGCAUUCAUUCUUGCAGCAAGAAGGAUUUAAAUUGGACUAGCAUUCAUUUACCUUUCUAUCUGAGAUCAGUGAACAUAAUGGAAAAAAAUCUGAAUGUAGCCUUAAAGGCAAAGAGAAAUACAAACUUCCUGUAGGUUUCCAUCUUCUUGGUUGCCGUAUAUUGGCUUUUGUGUUGGGAGAACUAUUGUGUUCUGCUCUGAUGAGGCUUUUGUGAUGCUUGUAGAACUUUUAAUAGAAACGUGAGGGUGGAUAAUGCCUGGUCUUUAUUAGUUCUUGUCACUUUGUGGCUUUGAAAGGCUUGUUAUCUGUUAUCACAAAAAGGAAAUGGCUUCUGCUAUGUUUGUCACUGCAGAAAUGCAGAAUGCAGCCCUUUUCCUGGGUAACUAUUGAAAACCAUUAUUGUAAGCUUUGGGAGGGAUAUAAAUCUAGACCCUAUUUGAACCCGAGAUUAAUAAAUAAAAAAAUAGUAUAAAAUUAAAUUAUUUUAAUAUAGUGCAAAAGCCGGUAGAAUUUGUAUGAGCUUCUAUUUAUUAUUUUAAAAUUCCUUCCAAAUAAGCAACAGACUCUACCAGGAAACUAUGCCUAAGUACUAAGGACAGGAUAAAUCUUAAUAAAAUGCAUGCCUGGAACUAAGGUUUGUUUGAUUGUAAAAGUAAAACUGGUUUUAGUUACAGCAGAACUUGUGCUCCUGAUUUAACUGGAAUAUGACACAAACAUUCUAGAAAUACCCACCUACAUCUUAGCUUAGUGCCUGCCUUGAAAAUCACCCUGAUCAUCCUGACAUGACUAUAGCUGGGUCUAAAAAAUGAUCCUAAGUGAUCCUGAAAUGAAUUGGAUUGAGAGCUGCAGUGAGUGGAACAUACCCUUUCAAGAAGUAAAGACCAGAGAAAGAAAAACAAAAGGUCCCUUUAUCCAUAGAUAUUUUUGUUAUUUUAUGUUAUUUUUUCUUGUUUGGGUUUUCUUGUGGUUUUUUUGGGGUUUUUUUUUGUUUGUUUUUUGCUUUUUUUUUUUUUGCCUUGCAGGGGGCAGUUACACUGUUAUCUCUUGGUUUUCAUUUUUCUGUGCACAUGAUAGAGUCCCAGAAGAGUUCUUUAAUGAUUUCCUAAACUUAAACCACAACUUCUCACUCUGCCAGAUUUUCUCAUAAUAAUAGUUGCAUUUUAAGCUGUUGCACGACUUAACUAUUAGACAUUUUUUAAAGCUCACUGUGUCCUUUUGAAAAAGAGAAUUAUAGAAGAUGAACCCUCCUAUGAUAAAAGGAAAAAAGAACCUAGUGCACACUCAAAGUGCAUUUAUAUUAAGUAAGAUAAUUGAAAAUGAAGGCUGUUGUCAUUGUAUUAAACUCUCCUACUUUUACUUUAGUGAGUGGCAAUAAUCUGUUGUUUUAGUUUGAGGGCUGGUUCACUUGACUGUGUUACCUUGUUGUUCCACUGUAAUACUGUGAAAUUCUAUAUUUAAUUCAUUUAGCUAAUAUUGCAGUCUUGAUUUCUCAAGGUUUGCAUAGUUGUUAUUUUAUUGACAUAAUUAAUUUUGUUACAUUGAUUAAAAAAAGAGAUGCAUCUUUUCACUAAUUGGUAUCCUGUUUUAAUUCAAUAUAGAUCUCUUGGGUUUUGAUGUUAAAUUUUUAAUUUUUAAAUUUUAUUUUUCUAUCUUGAUAUAAAAAAAUAAAAUUGACAGCCCAUUUGUCAUUUCUAGAAGCCAAUGGAUAGAUAUGUAAUAAUGAAGUGGUGCUCUAGAAAAGCAAGCCCAAAUAACUAAGUCUUAAACUGAGGUAAAGCUAGAGGGUAAGAAAGUGCCUUUUGUCAUCAUUGAGUUGUUUGGAUAUUCAUUUUCCCCAUGAUGAUGCAUUUUUUAAAAAAACAAAAUAGGAUAAAAAUAUCAGGAUUUCAAUAGCUAAAUUUUAUCACUGUUUAGUUUUUGAUUUAAUAUAAACACAGACAAGAACUCAAACCAUCUACAUAUUUUUCCUCCUCUUUCAAGAGAAGAUGGGUUUCUAAAGCAGGAGAUAUGUAGGAUACAGGAGAGCAGUGGAGAGGGCACACUGAUCCUGUAAUCUAUGUUUUUUCUAGUCCUGAUUGCCUCGCAGUCCUGUAAUGAAAUUUGUUAAUGUUCUAUUGAAGCUGAUGGAUUUACCAAAUCUGGGCUGUCUGAGGAGGUCUUGCUUGCCUGAAAACAAAUGGACACAUAUUUAGAUUUAAUCAUCAAGAGAAACUUGGCUAUUUUGAUAUUUACUUUCCUUUUGUAGUUGAAAUAGGAGAUUUCCCCCCCUCUUUUAAGCCCUAAGCACAUUGUCUUCCUGUGUUACCCAGCUCCAAUGCUCUUGAGGAUGUGUGAGCAGCUCACAGUGCUGGCUUCAAGCCUCCCUAGGCUUUUCUCAGAUAUAAAGGUUGUUCACUACCCUGUUUCUGAGAGAAAAACCUCCCAGACAUGUGCAGUGCUGUUUGCUGGUGAAUGUGAAUCCAGAGGCUUCUCUGAGGAGGUUGAGUAACUGGGACUACACUGCACUGUGCUGGGUGGACUUCAAAGUCCACUGCUUGCUCUGCAGGAGGAGGAAUUGCUUUGGGAUUGGCAUGAGAUGUCAGAGAGUGGAAGGAGCAGAGAAAAGAACACCUUGCUUGGCUCUCAGAGCUGUGCACGCUUAGUGAAUGGCUGCUGCUUCUGUCUGAGGUCUCAACCUUUCGUGUCUCCUUAAGGAAGUUUGGAAGCAACUCUGGAAGCAAAUGUUUGCCUGCCCAGAGAAUUUGUAUUUUCAGUAAGCAGGUCUGGGACACUGAACUACUUUUUGUUAGCAGUAAGGAUUGCUUCAAUGACUCGCAGAGGCUGUGAGCUGGCAGCUCCCACUAUUCCCCUUCCAUGAACCACCGGGCUCUGUGCACAUCUGGAGCUGUUAAAAGCGCAGCUGAACUCGUGCUUUUUUCCUGCAGUCUGAAAUUCAAACGUCUUUUAAGAAUCUGAAAAUCACUAGGCCAUCAUGAAAGUCUAAGCCAAGCUGGCCUUAGUUAAUAAAAGCCAACAAAAUCUCCUGGUCCUGAGAAGCUGACCCAUAACUGAAAGUUUGACACCAGAGAGUGGGAUGUGGACCCUUUCAGAACACCAACAGAGAGCCGAAAGAUAAGUGAAAAAUACAUAGAAUAGUUAAAAUAACACAGAAACCAACCAGACAUCUAACUUCUUGCAAGCAUAGCCUACACAGGAAUUUCUAUGCAGUAUAGAAAAGUGCAGAUAAAUGUUUGUAGUUUUUAAUCCCAUUUGCUGUCCUCCCCUGCCAACAAGAUCAGGGCAUACCCAAAAUAACUCAUUUAACUCUCACAAGCACACAGGAUGCAAGCACACAGCUUAAAAAGGACCAGGCAAUGUGGAACAACCAGAAAUCCUUCCAUGCUAAGGUGAGAGGGGAAAAAGAAAAUCCAUCCCAAGGCAAACAAACACUUUCUGUUGAUUUUUAGUUUCCUAUCAAAUCACUGAACCUCUCAAGCCAUCUACCCAUCUGGAAAAUGGAGGCCAAGCAAACCACUCUUGUUUUCUCCUUUCCAGCAGUGUACCAAGUUCCACUUGCUGGUCUGGCACUUAAAGGUGUUUCUAAAAGACAGCUUUGUUUUUCUAGGGGAAAAAAAAAAAAUCUAUAUUUUGAAGUAAAGAAAAAAGCUCUCCUGCCUCUUAAUACUAGUCUGAAACAGGAGGAUGUUGUGGUAAGCAUUACUCUUUUUUCUUUCUGAAUUUCUCUGUUUUUUUCCUGGUGCUCACGUCAGAAAUCUCCUACUUAAAGUACAGUAAUUAUGAAUUUAUUUAAAUUACAGUAAUAAGAAUUUUCAUUUUCAUCAUUUAAAAAGAGAUGCCAGUAUCAAGUUGUUUUAUAUAUUCGUAUUGGUGGGAGCCAGAUAAUUUGAUACAGGUGCUGUCUUGAGGAGGAGAAAUAAUUACAAAGGAAUUUUGUCAGCUUUUAGCUUUUUUUUAGUCCAGUUUAGGAGUUACUUGUGGCCAGGAGGUGCUGCCUGGGUUAUGGGAAAGAAAAAAUAUCUAUUGCAAUAAGCUUAUUUUGAGGCAUGAUGUAUUUCAGUGUUUUGUUUUCUCUGUGCUCAAUUUUGCCCAGAGAGCUGGGAGGUGAAGCCUAAUCCCAAAAGAAAACAAUUUUGAGCCAAUCAUUAUUUUAGGUUAUCUUUCAAUGGAACAGCUCAAUAUUUGAUAAAAGGAAAGAACUUUCAAAUUGAAGAAAUAAGAACAAAGAGCCCUCCUAAAUAUCCCUCUCCCCUGAAGCUUUCACUUGCUUAUUUUUUUGAAGAGAGGAUGCUUUCCUCAUUUUCCAUUUCCAUUUCUAUGAAAACAGCCAGGCUUAUAGAGAAUUUUAUAGAGAAUAUUCUGUUGGCAUAAAGCCUUUGCUGCAAGAUCUAUGUUAGGAAGUAGAUUUCCUGUCCUGUCAUGUGAAGGAAAAAGUACAGUUUUCAUUGUGUUGCCUGUUCUCCUGGGUGCUGUGUGCACCUCUGAAGCACAAGACAGCCCCUUCUUUUACAGUGCAGAAACAAGUGGGGAAGAAUGGGGAGGGAGGGGGGUUGGCCCGGCACAAAGGUCAGCUCAGUUAAUGUCUACACUCUCCCACCACAGAUCACAGCAUGCUGGAAAUCAUUUAUGCAUCUGCCAUGAAAUACCUGGAAGAAAGAACCUGGAUUGGAGCUGCCUCAUCAGGCACCAACAGAAUCACAAAUGGAGGCUCGCUGGUAAAAAGGAGCCAAUAAGGACAGCGAAACAGGGUUUGGAAAGGAGAUGGAAAGCUUACACCUCUCACAAAACUUAGAGCCCGUGGCAGAAAUCACGUCCUCACUGAAAACUUCUGCAAAUGUAGGAAGUCAAGCAGUCAGACAGGGUCUGCUAUCAGUGCAGAGCCAAAAUAAAGAAUAUUUUCCUAACUGCUGCGGGCCACUUCAAUAUGGUGAGUGUCACAGGUACGGCAUUGCCAAUUCCAAAGAGAGCACAGAGGUUACCUGGAAUGGAAAAAGCUGUGAGAGUGGAUUAUGGGCUGGAAAAGAUGUGGGCUGUGGUCAUCAUAUCCUGGAUAAUUGUCUAUGUCAAAGCUGUACUUUCUGGGACCUACCUGCUUCCCCUUGCAGGGAGGUUUUCUCCUUUCUUCUACUACUCUGCACAAAGAAGGAUUUUCUGUGUUGUUUUCUCCUCUGAAAUAUCUUCUGGCUCAUUUCUAGUCCAUCCUCUGUGCUCUUCAGCUUGCUCUGAGAAAGCUGAGAACAUUCUCAGCGGGAUGAGCUCAAGGUGGGGAAUGCACAGGAAGCAGAAAUGAAGUUAGUGUCAAACUCACUCUUGUACAAACAGAAACCCAAAUAAAUUGUGAUGUUCUACCCAACUCUCUGAUAUUUUGAAAGCUUAUUUUGUCUGCAGCCUUUUAACAGUGCUGUGUCCCUCUCCCCUUUUCCAAGUAUUGAUGUACAUUUGCCUUUUGUGAAAGGAUUUCCCUCUCAGGCCUUAAAAUGUGGUACCAAAUGACAAGGGGAAGAUGGUUACACCAGUAGCUGUUUCUGUGGUGACUAAGGCUUGUCUGAUGAGCACUGCUGAUCUCUGCCAUGUUUUUCAUAGUUGGACACGUGUGUAAUGUUUUUGAGUGUCAAAGCAGACACAUAGACCAAGUGAAAAUUUAUCUCCUUGUCACUGCAGGGGAUCUGAUGUUUAUUAGUUCUGAAGGGCUGUAAUGGCUGCUUCUGUGGGAGCCUUUCAAUCACAGGCAGCCUGAUUUUUCUGAUUUUUGGAUUCCUGUUGAAAUAAACGUGUAAGUCACAUCUGACAGAACCAGCUGCUUGAAGGGUGCCCACAGCAAGCAGUAGAGAUGUCCUGCUGGCUGGGGGAAAGGGAUGUGCAGGGGCUCAGGGAGCAUUGUAUGAUGCUAUGUUUUGGGCUCCUGUGAGCCAGUUUGGACUGCAGAUAUUUUUAGCACCUUUCUUCAGCAGACAGUGGGCUGUACAACUGCACAUCAAUGCUGUGCUUCUCCCUAGCUUGGUGUAGCUAUGUUUCCACCUCCUGGCAACUACGAGGAAUAGCUGUGGAGAGACUAAGGAGAAUUUUUUGUUGUUGUUUUUGGAAGGCACUAGAAGAUGAAGAAGGAAUUUUAAAGAGGCAGUUCUCUUGAGCUCAGGGGGAUUUUUAACUCCUUGGCAUUCAGUCUUCUAUGCUGUGUAUAAGCAUAGAAGCUGCUUCCAAAUAUCCUGCUUUGCAACAACUGGGAAUUUGAGUCCUUGAGCUGAAGGGUGCUUGCAGAAGGUCUGUGAGUAAUAAGACACCAGAGAGACAUUUUACAUUGAGGGAGGGAGCAUCAGUGUAUAUCCAUGGUAACUGGAGACAUGAACACACCUACUGAAAUCCCAGCUCCAAAUACCUGUGUGUUCUGUCUGUUGGGAACAUCAGUUGUUAUAGAGGCACAUUCUGUUUUGGAAGACACAUAAACAAGACUAGGAAUUCUGUGAUGUGACUAGCCUUGAGUAACAAGAAAUUGCUAAUUUUUGGUCAAAAAUUAGUGUUUUAGGUAGCUCAAAGAAUCAAAGGAGUUGGCAAAAGCAGGUUUAAUAUUAAAGUGAAAGCGUGCAAAAAGGCAUUGGCAAGGUUCACUCUAUUGCUUACUACAUGGUUAAAGCACAGAGAAAAAUAAUGCUGAAAUGUAAAAUCAAUCAAUCUAAAACUAAAGUUAUUCACAAAUUAGCUACACUGAUGCUAGGCAAGGAAAAGGAGAAAAAUAAUAUAGAAAGGAAUAAGGAAGGCCCUCCCAGUGUUCAGAGAGGUCUACAUUGUCAAACUUGCACCCCAACUUGGCCAAUGGCUUAGGCCUAAACUCCGGCUGUUAUUUGGGCAAGAAAAAUAAGAUUUCAAAGCUGUUUGUAAAAAACCAAAAGCUUGCUAGACAGCACUAGCUCCUGGAACAGACAGAGUUUCUGAUAAGCUCAGGAGAAGCUCAGCCCAGAUGUAGCUCAUCAAGGCUAAGGCUUAAUAAGCAUUUUUAAAUCACAUCAGCUCGAGGAGCGUUGGGGAGGCAUUCUGUGAGUGUCAUUCAGUAGUAAGAAAACACUAAUUUUCCCGAAUAAAAAUCUCUUGCACAAGUCAGUAUGACCUCUCCUUGUCCUUAACAAUGGUAGAGCUAGAGCUGGGUUUUCUUUCAGGACCUGCUCAGAAAUCUACAGUGCCUGUUUCUUGUCCCAUGCCAGGGCAAUGCCACCUCCCUGUUUCACAGGAAAAAAUGACAGUUCUUUAUCUCAGAACUGCCCUGUGUAAACAAGCAAAAGACAACUUUGAGUACAUUGUGCAAUACAUGUUUCUAGAGCCUAUAAAGAAAUAGAGACUGUUAGUCCAAAGCUUCCAGAUAAAAUGUUGUUUUCAGUGAAAAUGGAUUUUCAAACUAACUGUCCAGGUAUGCAUUCAGCCAGGAUCCCUCACCCCAUAUAUUCCUUAUGCCCUUGUUGACUACAUUAAAACUACUUUGGAGGAGUUUUGCAGCACACAUGCACAACCCUGAUGGAGUAGAGGUGCUGGACUCACUGAACCUGGACUUUGAGUGAGAUUGUUUUCUUCAUUGUUCAGUUGCAGGUAACCCCCAUGUACAGUGCCAUCAGUUUUCCACAGGUCUUCUUUUACAUGAGGAAUUAUCUUCUUUGGGGAAGAUCAUCCUCUUCAAAGAGGUUUGUUGGAAGCCUGUAUAGUUCAAAGUUGCCUCUAGUUUAUCCCUUUGGAUGCAUUUUUAAAAUAAUUUUUUUUCCAGAGACUCUCAUUACAAAAGCCAUAAACUAGCUCUGAUAACAAACAAUGUGGAAGCAAUGUGCAAAACUCAGGUUUCUAGCAGAGGAGACUUUGAAAAAAGCCAAAUAAGUUUUCCUGCUGUAUCAGAUGGCUGUGACUGCAGCAGCUCCAAGUGUGUGCAUAAAGUUGUAACUCUAUAUAAUGAUUUUAAAAAAUAUUCAUGUAUGUAGCAAUACACAUAGAUGUGGCCACAGCACAGACACUUUUAGCAGAUUAAGACAUGUCUUUUCAUGUAUUUUAAGUGAGCCCUUAGCUGUGCACAGACACAGCCACAGGCUGUAGCUAUGUACAUAGCCUGAAGGCAGGGGUGACAAAAAACGCUGUGGUCUGUGGCAGGAAUGCAUUCAGCAAAGUGAAUGAGGUGGAGAGCAGGAGGCUUCCUGAGUCUGACACUUCUGCAUUCUGUGUGCUAGCUGACAUUUUUGUGUUUGUUUUUUGCAUCUUACUUCCCAUUCUCUCGUUUGUGUCAUAGUGCUGUGCCUCAACUUUUCACACAGCGCCUUUGGACAUGAAUCAGGAGACAAUGAUGUGCAUGUUCUCCCAGCCUGGAGAAGCUCUGCCACCCUGUCCUCAGGAGCUUCCACUCUGGGCUGUACUUUAAGCCAUUCUGGGAAGAUAAGAAAAUGAAGAUCUUUUAUCAGCAAUACCCACAGUCCCAUGACAGCAUUAACAUCUGUGGAAGAUUACCUGAAUUUAUACUGUAUUUUCACCUGCAGACCACUGGACAACAAAAUAUGGAGGAAGUUUGCUUAGCAGAAACCUGAAUAAGGACAUGUUGUAGGACUCCUCCCAGCUGCUCCACUCUCCUGCAUCAUCCUGCCUCAAACAGAGCUUAAAAUCUGCCAGAAGUGCUGGUAACCAGAAAAGAAAUGAGGAUCUUCACAGCUGUCCAUGGAAUGGGGAAGCUGUAGAUUUCAGAGAAAAUUAUGUUCCCUGAAGUGUGAAGGAGAAGGAGCAGUGAAGAGCUGAAGGAGAGAGGUUGGAUAAGUCCCUGCUUGGCACUGCCCAGACCACAGUUAGUGAUGCUACAGGGUUGAUUCCUUCUGCUGAAGAUGGCUCAGAAAUGGGCAGUUCUGGCUGUGCUCCUUUUCUUGCUAAUCAAUCUGGUUGAAGCUCACAAGAGGGUGAGUGUAGAGGCUGGCCAUGAAGCUGUGCUGAGUUGCCCCAACAUCUCCAAGGUGCCUUUGCUGUUGGUGACAUGGAAGAGGAAUUGCAGAAGUUGCUAUUGCUUGUCCUAUAGAAGGGAUCAGAAUGAGACAAGAAGGCUGAACUGCAGUGAGAGGAUCACGUGGAAAUAUUCACCUGUCAGUGACCCUGCACUUCGUAUUUACCCUGUGAACCUUGGGGAUGAGGGAAUUUACACCUGUGAAUUUGCCAACAGUGAAGGGAAUUUUCAUUUUCUCUUUUCUCUGAUUGUAAUAGUCCCUCCUACAGUGACUCUGACCCAUGACGAGAGCAGGGUGGCUGCCUGCCAGGCUUCUGCAGGAAAGCCAGCUGCUGACAUCUCCUGGAUCCCUGCAAGCAAUCACAGCUCUGAGGAAGAAUUCCAUCACCCCAAUGGAACAGUGACCAGAGUGAGCUACUUUGGCUGGACCAACAUCUCAUUUCCUUCUGUCACCUGCCUGGUCACCCAUGCAGCCAUGAACCAGACUCUGGUCAUUGGCCUGAACUACACCUCUGUCCUUCAAACCAGAACAACCUCCCACAGGCUUCUCUACAUCCUGACAGGAGCAGCUGCAGGUGUUGUUGCUGUCACUGGUGUGACUGUAUGCUUGAUUUUCAGGCACAGAGCUUGCUGCUUACGUAAACGAGCACAGGCCCCAGCAGAACACUUUACAACCAGAGGAUGGGGGUUCCCACCUUCAUGUGGGAGAAGAGCAUGUGACUUUCCAGAGGACAUCUAUGUGAAUUACAACCCAAGAUCUAUUUAUGUAUUCUUAGAAGAGCAUAGGCACAAGUAGCCAGCUCAGCUGCUAAUAAUACUCAGCUACUCAAACUGGUACUUAACUCUUAAUCCUCAGACCUUACCCAAAAGACCAAAACCUUUGUCCUUCCUGACCUGACGAUGGUGAGGCAGAAAGGCCCAUUUUAGUAAGUUUUUUUGUCUUUCUCUAGAUAUCAAUACAGCUCUACAGAAAAUUGGGACUUUCAAAGACUGAAUUAGGGAAAUACCUUAAUUUUGUUUGAAAAUGGACUCUGAUGUAUGUACCACCCUUCCUCAAAACAAUAAUGAACAUAUUUCUGUGCCAGAGUAAAAUAUACUCUGGUGAAAAUAUAGCACUUUUCUUUCCAUUUUGACAACUGGAUUCUCUUUAAAGUUCUGUGUUGGAAACCAGAAAAUGACACAGGUCAAAAGUACAGAAGGUCUAAGCAAUACAUCUAACAGAAAUGCAGAAAGAAGGCAGUCUUAUGGUUUUUUGGUUAUUUUGUUUUAUUUUCUGGUUGCACAUGACAUAUGAUAAUCUAGUAUUUGAUAUCUUUGUUUAUUUUUGAAUUUUUAACAUGUUUAUUUUUCAAUUAAUGUGCUUGCAUUGAUAACUGGUGGAAAAUAAAACCAAUUUGACAUUAUACUGGAUAUAGAAAUAAGAAACAGCAAUGGAAAUUUUUGGUCACUCUUUAAUGUAAAUGUGCAAAUAUGCAAACACUUACCUGAAGGAUUUCUGUGGUUAUUUGGGCAAAUGUUUGUUGAACAGUUCCUGAGAAGCUGAGAUCAUAUCAUGGUUUUACUGAGAACAGAAGUAUUAAGUUGUCUAAAGUGCAGGUGGUAUGCUUGUUUAAAACAAAAGAAAAAAAUACAGCCCUAACCACAUCAUUUAUUUCUUCUCAUUUUCAUGUGUCCAAGAUAAAAAACUCUCCACAGACUGGUUGUUAAUUUCAGUUUUCAUUGGUCAGGUCUGUCAGAGCUUCCAAACACUAAUGCAGCAGUAACUAAGCUGAAAUGUGUGUUUUGAAGAGCCUUUGCCUGCUUGUUUCUGCAAGAUCAUCUCUGCUCCAUAAGCAUUCUUAGGCAUGAGCAUCUCCCAGUGCCAUUUAAUUGCAUUUUAUCACUUCUAAAUAGACAUGGAUGUCUGCUGACAUCACUCCAGCCUUUCAGAAAGGCAUGAAGAGUGACUCUGCCUUAGGGAAAAGGGCCUACAGAGGCCAAGCUGGUUUCCAGGUUUGUGGACAAGCAAAGCCUUUCCUGUGGUGUUGAAUGUCAGUGCUGGGUUGCUCUCCCUCUGGUCUGCAGCAUCAUCAUGUCUUCUGUGGGGAGGGAGAGGCACUUUUCAUGUGUGAAACCUCUGGGAGAAAUAAGUGACAGUUUGGAAGUAGAGCAAAUAGGUUUGAAAUGACUCUAGAUAGGAAAAGUGUUUUGCAGCUCUAGUGAAAUCCACAGCAGUGCCUUAGUCCAAGGUGCAGUCGAGGCAUCAUUUGCGACUUCUGAAAUAGUGGGAAGAUCUCUUGUUGCUUAAGGAACUGCCCAGUCAGGUCUAAACCUGGGUUCCUGGGCUGGUGUUUCUCAGUGGGGCACGUGAGCAUGGAUUGUUUUUGUGGCAAGUGCAGCAAUCUGUGCCUUUUUCAGAAGCAGGAUCAUUGAAGCCAGACCGAAGGAUGACAGGGCUGUAAAAAUUAAGAGAUUUAGGCUGUGGAGCAGCCUGCUUCUGGGAAUCACAGUGCAGGUGUGCUGUGAUCAUUGGGCUGUAAUGUAAGACCUUUUCUUAAUUCCUUUGCCCUAAGUGAUGUUGAAGGGUAAGAUCUAAUGGAGACAGAAAAGAUUAGAAUGUAGACAGGGAGAUGAUGGUGUAUGGGGAGAAAGCUCUCUGAAACUGUGAUAAUUUGUCCUGGCUGAAAGGAUAUGGUUUUCACACUCAUAUCUUUAUUUUCACCUUUAAUUUGUAUUUGGUGGAAUUGGCCCAGUCACCUGCAAUGUGUCAGCACUUCCAUGAAGGUAAAAUUCUGAGCAGGCUUAGUGCUGAAAUGAGGUGCUCUGGUAAUGACACGGGCUAUCCUGGAAUAAAAUUGGCCCUUAGGCUUGUUGUGUAUGAUUAAUAAAAAUUAUCAGACCAAAGAGAAUAAUGUGGCUAUUGAGGUGGUUGUAAAAAAGGCUGGGACAACAAUAAAGCUUUCACAGGUACUUUCAGUGUUGGCUACGACUGGUAAAGGGCAGGGUUUUGUCAUAUGUGAAGCUCCUGGUGUGGGCUUUGGUGGCUUCCUCUCUGCCUGCCAUGACCAGAGCGAUGUGUGCCACGCUUCUUGGGCUGAUGAGCUGAUCUAAUGAGUAUUAGAGAAUGAGAAAUAAAUCACUUAAAUAUUUUCUGUCAUGCUGCUUUUGUAUGGAAUAGGCAGCUUGGUGUAACCCAGAGAACAACACAAAAUGUGUUUGGUAUAACUAUUUGGUCUUAAAAAUAAGCAUCUCGAAAUGUUUUUAUAUUUAUCAUGUUUUUUUUCCCCCCUGUUAAUUAUGAGUACAUUCUUGGUGACUCUAGUCUUUUUAUUUGCACUGAAAGAAAAUUUAAUCAAGGCAGAUAUUUUAGACUGCCAAAAUGUGUAGGAAAAUGCUGACUGUUUGUUGAAUAAUCAUUGUGAGAGAGCUAC